AUGCCAUACACUCCUCCACCCGGUCCAGAUGGAUGGGACGCGCCGUCGAACUGGUACGAGAUGCCACGGAAGUGUUUCGCGGCUGGCUGCCGAGGGGACGACAAGAACUACAAAGGGACGCGAGAAGACCCCAAGGAUAUGCUCAGAUGCGCGGACUGUAAAUGUUACUUCCAUGCAACAUGUCUAAAGCUCGGUUACAUCGCAGACAAAAUCAGGGGUCGUGAAGGAUGGACGUGCGAUAAGUGCAGCAAGUGCGCAGCCUGCGAGAAGGACGACAACGAGGCGCACUACUUUUACUGCUACUUCUGCAACCGCGCUUGGCAUAGUACAUGUCUGGCUCUGGAAGAGAUCCCCGCGAACGACUACAAGUGCAUCACAUGCCAGGAAGAAGAGGCAGAGGCAGCGCAGUCUACCUCUUCUACGCGCGCACCCGCCCCUCCACACCCCAGUGUGCCCCUGGCCUCGGACCGCCAUCGCGCGCCGGUCGCUGCGCCAGCAGCCGGACCAAGCCAACCCAAGCGCGCGUCUCCCAACAAGUCAGCCUCAACAGCCGCUCCUGUCGCUGGCCCCAGUCGCCUGCGCACUACGGCGACGUCGAGUUCAGGUUCUACACCCGUUCCCGCAUCUUCCUCCAAGACCACACCCAGCCAGCCUACCAAACGAUCUAAGCCACCUCAGCCAGUCCCACGCACGUCCUCUGCGUUGGGUUCCGCAUUCGCGCCUCCCCCCACGCAAGUCAAACGAGCAAAAGAGGCGCUCAGGGUUUCGCAUCCAAAGGACCUGUAUCGAAAGUCUGGCUCAACGUCCACGUCCGAGUCCCCCACGCCCACUUCCCCCAUUCCCACUAACACCACUUCUCGCGCGCCCCCAACCCAGGCGAGGGUGACCGCUUCCCCUCGUCGCAAGCGCAGGCGCGUCGAUUCAGACGACGAGGAGAACGAGCCGCCGGCGCCGGCGUCUACUUCGAGCACAGCGCCCAGCCGUCGGCAAUCAAACGCGCCGGCGCCUACUCAAAGGGCUGCUUCCACGAGCGUUUCUGCCGCCGGGCCGAAUCGCACGCGCUCCAGUGCCACCAUGUCGCCUUCGAGUUCGAGACGCAGACCUAAACCUGGCCACAACGCCGAUGGCGCGGUUGUCUCCGAGGACGAUACUAUGAAUGUUGAUGAGCCGACGUUGGACGAGGAUGGGUCUGGGCAAGAUUCUCCUGUGGACGACCCACCUAGUGGUACUCCGGAGCCGCGCCCUCGAGAAGAGCUGCUCAGAGAAGGCGGCUUGCGGUUUGCUAAGAAGCAAAGAGUGCACUUCACGCCUGUGCCGGGGACGUCUAGCACCACCCCGCCGAGCGACAGGGAGGGGUCCAGCUCUACCGCUCGUGGAGGGUCACGACGACGGAGUGGUACACAGGAGGAUGAGGACGAGGGAGACUACAAUGAAGAGGUCGAUGAAGUGGAAGAUAUACCACUCACUCCUUCCGCUCUCGACUGGGCCGUUCAAUCAUCCCGCAUACUCGAUGCGCCGCCCGGUGCUGAUAUCGAAGCCAUGACGCUCGAGCUCUACGAGAAACACUCGCUUGAUCCACAAUGGCACGGGAUGAUGGCGGCCACAAGGCACGAGAUGUAUGAGCAGUUUGAACGGGCGCGGAAGCGGUGGGAAAAUCUCGACAGAUCUUAUCGAACAUGGGCCAAGGCGACGGAGAGGUCUCGGAGGGAGGACGAGCGGGAACAGGAACGCGAACGGGUGGAACGGGAGCGCGCGCGAGCAAGAGAGAGUGGGAGACGACGGGGUCCGCCCACUGGGACAUCACAGCGCCCAAGUCAGCCGGCGCCGCCUGGCGCUUCUGGCCAACAACGACGUCAACCGCAGCCCUCGGCUAAGGCGAUGGGAAAGCGACGCGACCCUGGGCCUUCCAAGUGA